AUGAAUCCGAUAUUUGUCGACUAUCUCGUGGUGCUCCUGUGGAACAUCACAGCCGCCAAGUGUGCCCUUGGCUCGGCCGUCAUUGUUGCCCCAGUCUGGGCGUUCAUCGUGAAGCCACUGCUGCAGCACUUCUCCUCCUCGUCGUCGUCGCGGUUCUCACUGGGGGUGUUCGCCACAAUGAUGGAGCGGUGUAGGGCGCAGAGCAACAGCGCAGCGGCCCCGCAGCAGCGCAGGCAAGGAAAGGCAGGCGCGAGCAAGAAGGCAUCGAGUGCGGAGCAUGCGCAACAUGCGGAAGCCAAUGAAGGUGUUGCCUCCGGCGCAUCCGUUGUGAAGUGGGCGGCCCCCGCUGCCUCUGUGACGAAUGAUGCGCUCGUGGCGCUCUUUCGCUCGCCUGAAUUUGCGCUCUGGUACGGCGAGCACCGCGACUCACUUCUGCAACGCGUGCGCGUACGAUGUGCGCAGCGGAUUUGGGCGUCACUUGCCACGCUGACGGUGCUGCUGCUGGGGAUGUUCGUCUUGCCGCUGUUUACCUUAGCUAAUGAGGGCGCGACGUUGUGGGUGCUGCUGCAGCGGCGCAGCAGCGAGAGAGCCGUGAUACACAGCACUGGCUGGUACGGCGUUCUCGCCACCGCGUGCGGGCGGGCGGAGACGCUUCUGCUGCUCGUGGCGGGUCUGACGCUCCUCACGGCGGUCUUCAUGCCGGCCAACGCGAAGCACACGGCGUCGGUUGAGCUCGUCGCGUUUCUCAUCCUUGUCGCCGAGGCAGCGCAGGUGGAGCGCUUGGCGUUCGGCGCGGGGUUCGCCGUGCUGCUUGGCGUCGUGGUGUGGCGUAUUGCAAGCGUGUGCGACUGA